CGAUCUUCCAACAACCCCGCUUUCCUUUUUCUUAUUUUAUUUCAUUUCCUCUCCAAAACCCUUCCUUUGGUUUUAUCUCUACUCUUUAUCUUCUUCUUCUUCACUAAACAUCAAACCCCCUCGAAGCCUCUUUCCAGUUCUCUGACCAACACGACAUGGCUUUCGAUGGUUUUGUCUCCGACCAUACCAAGGACAUACAAACCCUUGCUCUAAACGAUCCCCAACCCUCAGCUGCGGACCUCGAUCACUGGGAAAGAGCCAAAUGCAAGGCCGAGAUAAUGAGGCACCCCAUGUACGACCAGCUGUUGGAAGCUCACGUCGCCUGCCUACGUGUUGCCACGCCUGUUGACCAGCUUGCACAGAUAGAUGCUCAGUUGGCUAGGUCUCAAGAAGUUUUGGCUAAGUACUCCUCAGCUGCGGCCGCCGGUGCUGGCGAGGAAGAACUCGAUUACUUCAUGGCAAAUUAUGUUCUAUUGCUUGGCUUCUUCAAAGACCAAUUGCAACAACGUGUUCGUGUUCAUGCAAUGGAAGCAGUUAUGGCUUGUUGGGAUCUGGAGCAAUCACUUCAAAGUUUAACUGGUGUAUCUCCAGGUGAAGGAACUGGUGCAACCAUAUCUGAUGAUGAAGAUGAGGUUGUAGAUAGUGAUACCAGCUUGUUUGAUGGAAAUUUCGAUGGGAUUGACAGCAUGGGGUUCGGCCCCUUGGUCCCAACUGAGAUCGAGAAAUCAUUGAUGGAGCGAGUUAGGCAAGAACUGAAGCACGAGCUGAAACAGGGUUACAAGGAGAAACUUGUGGACAUUAGAGAGGAAAUUCUGCGUAAGAGACGAGCCGGAAAGCUACCAGGCGGCACCACCUCAUUUUUAAAAGCUUGGUGGCAGUUACAUUCCAAGUGGCCUUACCCAACUGAGGAAGACAAAGCAAAAUUAGUGCAGGAAACAGGUUUGCAGUUAAAGCAGAUUAACAACUGGUUCAUAAACCAGAGAAAAAGGAAUUGGCUUAGUAACCACUCUUCCUCUCCCUCUCUGGAGAGCAAACGUAAGAGGUAGACUGCUUUUGUCGCGUUUAUGUUUCUCGAUCCAGAUGAGCUUUUCUCAAGUACCAUUUGCUACUUUUGGUUUGGAAAAGAAGAAACACAGGUUAAACCUGUAAUG